AUGUGGAAGUGGAAGAGCAAGUCCCACAAAGCCGACGAGGACGCGUCGGGCUCCGCAUCCUCAUCCGGCCCCGCACCCGCACCAGCCUCGACCUCGGCCCCUCCACCAGCCUACGGCGCAGCCACCCCACAGCCCUCCGGAUCCGGACCCCUUGAUCUCCCCGCUGUCCUCGGCGCCGUGAGCCUCGGCCCCACACCACCCCACGGCACUGACCCUACGGAGGACGCCUGCCUCGCCCACCUCCGCCUCCUGACGGCCUUCAACCGCCUUAAGAACGAGACGGGAUACCGCGACGGCCUCUGGGAGAUCUGGGACUCGCGCGCCAAUGUCGGCGGCGGCAAUGACAAAGCCGCCGCUGCUGCAGGGACCCCGAACCCGGACGUCCUUGUCAAGCUCCGCGAGAAGCGGUGGGCCGUCUAUGUUGGCCGCGCCGUCGACCGCUAUGCCGUCUGGUGGCGGAGCUUCGUGCCGGACAUGCUGCUCGAGAGGGACAUGGUCGACCCGCCCGAGGAGAGAAGGGACCGAUACGAAGGGUUCCCAAGAUGUAUUGCUUGUCUGGCACGCACACAUGCUCAACCCAAGGAUUUACCUCGAGGUAUUCAACCCCCAACCCACAACCACCACACACACAUAGUUGCAAUCAUCAUCGUCGAUGCCAGACCACCCACUAAUGCUCACAAGGACUGCCUCCGCUAUGGCCACGGCGCCCUCUGGGCGGCCGGCAUGCCCUGGCCCGUCGUCAACCAGGCCAUCUCGGGUGCGACCUUUGACUAUGUCGUCUCGAACGCCUGCGUCGCGCAAUGGGAGGCCCGCACGAGCCUCGCUUGGUGCAACGAGGACGAUCCAGACGCCAAGAAGAUCCGCUGCCCCUCGUGCCCGACGAUGGUGUCCGUCCCAUGGACGACGUGUGGCCAAUCAAGGGACUACAGCGGAACCAAACGCCCCGGCAUCGCAGGCGAGGGCUACGCAGACGGUCACUUGACCCAAACCUGCCCGUCCUGCUCCGUCACCAUAACCCACGAGUCCCUCCGCGCCGCAAAGUUCCGCAACGACAUCCAGGCCUCCGUCACCUCGGACCACGCCAUGCCGGGCACGAUCCUCGACCUCCACACCGGCCUGCCGAAACCACUCAAGUAUGACUCUGACAACAGCAAUUCGGCCGGCUGUCCCGACCAGCUCUUCCCCGCGCGCCUCGCCCGCCGCGGCCUGCUGGCCGAGGUCGUCGAGAUGCUGAAGCCCGGCAGCAAGGUGGCGCCGAGCAUGAUGGUCGUCCGUGACAACAUGGAGGAGAACUUCACGGGCAAGUUCGCCGACUCCAAGAACCUAAAAGAGGUGAUGAAUCGUCACGGUCACAAGAAGGUGACGGAAUUCCGCCUGAGCUUGGACGGGAGGCGGCAGACGCGGAAGAUGAUGUCGCGGUACUGGGAGAACUCGUCGCCUUUUGCCAUUGAUCUUGUGGGCUGUGUCAUGAGACAAGGGACGUUUACCGAGAAGAUGUGCAAGCUCGACUGGCUGCACUUCCCGACGGCUCGGAAUCUUGUGGCCGACCUCCUCAAGAAGUACACCCGCUUCGUCGAUAUCAUCGCCAUCGCGGCCACGACAAAGGACAAGGUUGCUGUGCCGACGCUCGACGUCGACCUCACAUGGCACACGCACCAGCUCUCUCCACAGUCCUACUUUGUCUUCACGCUCGCCAAGACGGGCGCUUUCGUGGACCACAACGACAAGGUUGACGAGGAUAAGCUGAGCACGGCCUUUGAGUGGACGAGCAAGACCUACCAAGAGAAGUAUGGCGAGGUUUACUCCCAGUGCAAGUGCUGGUACUGUGAAACUGUCAGGGUGAUGGCGUUGCCGGCGACCAAGAUGUUUGGCAUAGGCAAGGAAGAAAAGCAUAAGCACAACCUGCACGCAAUCUUCUGCAACCCCCCCUUCCUCAUGUGCUUUUGUGUGACACAGUUAUUAUCCCACCACACUUACUUACCGAACCCCUGCCUUGACGCAGUCCUCGAAGCAUGGCAUGCGGCCGCCAAGGCAAAUAACGUGCCCAUGCCUCCCAUGACCGAGUCGGCGCACGUCUCGUCGCACCCGGCGGUUCACACCAACGAGACGACAGCCCGUCGAGCAACCACUCGUCCGAUACGUCUCGAGUACCGGAACAGGUUGGAGGAAACGCACUCUAAGGCGCGCAAGAGGGCGACCAAGAACUUCAAGGCCGACUCUGGCAAGCGUAUGGGACCCCGGGGCGAAGACAGGACGUCUUUCUGGGGGAAAGACGUUGAGGUCGAGGGACCCUGGGCCUCGAGCUUGGCUGCUGUCACAACGAGCGCCAUGUAUCCCGCGCCGCCGGGCUUCGCAAACAUGGGGCCCGGCUCGGUGGGCAGCUGCGCGACGGGAACAUGCGGCGGAGCCACUGGGUGCGGCUCCGAGCUGCUGGGCAUGUGCACAGCCGGCUGUGUUGGGAGCGGCUGGUUUGGCGGAAACGCCGGAUGUGCAGGAAUGGGCACAACGUCCGGUGGUGUGAUGCUCUAA